CUACCUUGGUUUUGCUGCUCCUCUACUGAAGCAAACAAGAUCUGUUGGAUACUGUUAAACAUUUCUAAAAUGAAAACUUCUGGCAUUUACCUAGCUAUUGUAGCACUUGUAUCUAUGACUGCAUGGUCGCAAGCUGAAGCGUUAACUAAAACUGCUUAUUGCGACGUUCAAGCUUGUCAUAUACCAGAAAAAUAUUCUUGCAGUCAGGGUUUGAUAUACAUCAGAUGUCUCACUAAUAACGUGAUACAUAAAAACUGCAACAUCAUACACAAAUCUUUAGCCGAAGUCCUGAUAAUGGAGACAAACAGAGACUUGCAAAAAUUGGGCUGCAAUAGAACGACAACAAGUGGUGGAAAAUGUGAUUUGAACUCCUGCGUUUAUCCCUUCAUCAACUCCACAUCUUUCUGCGAAGAAGCCUCUGAGUACGUGAGCUGCAUACAAGCAAUCCUCUUCGAUGUCGAAAAUUGUCAUUGGGAACAGAGGAAAACCGGAUAUCUCAUGAAUUAUGUACUCGCAAGUGAUGUGGUGUUCAACAAAAUGUGCUUAGAUGUCCCGACCCCGGAUCAGAAGAAGAAUGGCAACAAGCCGUUUUGUAUUAUGGAUUGCCUUAACGCGUAGGUCAAGUCAUACAUCAAUGAGAAGAGAGCUCAAAAAUGUCUUUUCUGUGUAACAAAAUAUUAUUUUAGUAUUACUCUUAACUUUUCAUAAACUAAUCAUAGUUAAAUAACAUGCAAUUAAACAUUAUUGUAUUACUAAAACAAUUAGACCAUAUUGCCAACGUAAAUAUAAUACACUGUGCGUUAGCUAGUUUAGCUUGAAUAAGUCCAAAGUCAAUAUUUAAAAAAAAUCAACAAUAUAAAUACUAAUUGCUAAUUAUUAAAAAUCUUUCAUAUUUUUUAAAACCAUUUAAUUAACAACUAAUUAUAGAUUUUUUAAAGGUAAUUGUUGUGUUUUGUAAUGAAACAGUUUUUUUUAAAACCACAAUGAAAAGUACAUAAAUAAAAUCUUUUUAUAAUAUUUUAUAAUAUCUAUAUAAGUAAAAAAAAAAGCUUUAGUUCAAGGGUAAGUUUAGUUUCAAAAUGAUUCUAAUGAAAUCUUUUCUGUUUUUUUUUAUUAUACAUUAAUUAAAUCUUCAAGAACUAUCAUAAGACAAAUCUAUUUUUUUU